GUUUAUUUCUGUUCUGUUGAGUUGCAGGAACGCGUUCUUUUCUACUUUCCGUUCGGUUUUAUUUCCUUAUUGUUAUUGUUAUUACGAAUUAGUUUCACGUUUCGGUUUGGCUUGGUUUUUCAUUUCUAAACGGCACACACAACCAACACAAUUUGAUAUCGUAGAAGUAUUCCAGAAUCUUUAUUGCUUUUCCGUUUGUCUCGCCCUUUGUGUUUUUGUGGAGCGCUUUCUCGUUCGGUUUCCGUUUGGUUCGGUUAUUAUUUAAAAAUACAAAACCAAACAUAGCCCGAAAAUUCGUUUCGUAAUCGCGUAGAAACAACAGAUCAGCAACCGAAUUUCCAUUGAUUUUCCCGUACAGAAAUCAAAGUAAACUUUCUGGCAUACCAAAUAGAUUGUACGUAGUGGAUGACGCUUUUAACUAGGCUAUAGUAAGAGCUCAGAUCAGAUUUGGCCAUCCGCUGCGGUUGCUCGGAGUGUGCAUCUUAGAAAGGACUUCACAGCAGUAUUAUAUCUACAGCCACUAUUUGAUUUAAUCACCAUCUCUGUUUCUGUCUAUUGAACAAGUUUUCGAAGAAGAGAGCUCAGCUUCCGCACCAUGGUCGAGGGUCAGACAGCCGUGCAGCAACAGCAGCAGCAACAGCCAUCCGGCACGGGCGGCGCCAGCGGCGUGGGAAGCACCACCGGAUCCGGCGGAGGACCGACUCCGGCCAACAAUGUGACCAACAGCCAGGCCCAAACCAACGGAGGCACCACUGCGUCCACGACUGCAGCAGCGGGCACCGGAUCGGCAACAAACACAUCGGGUGGCCAGGCCACUGCAAACAAUGCGGCGAACAACAACAAUAAUAACAACAACAACAAUAACAAUGCCACUGCAAACAACAACAACAAUAACGAGCCAGAUCCCAAGACCAAUUUGAUUGUGAACUACUUGCCGCAGACCAUGUCGCAGGACGAGAUCCGCUCGCUGUUCGUCAGUUUUGGCGAGGUGGAAAGCUGCAAGUUGAUACGCGACAAGGUUACAGGUCAAAGUCUGGGCUACGGAUUCGUCAACUACGUGAAGCAGGAGGAUGCGGAAAAGGCCAUCAAUGCCUUGAAUGGCCUACGGCUGCAGAACAAAACCAUCAAGGUCUCCAUUGCACGCCCCAGCUCCGAGAGCAUCAAGGGUGCCAAUCUCUAUGUAUCGGGUCUUCCAAAAAAUAUGACACAGUCGGAUUUGGAAUCAUUGUUCAGUCCAUACGGCAAGAUCAUAACCUCGCGUAUUCUUUGUGAUAAUAUCACUGGUCUCUCCAAGGGCGUUGGCUUUAUACGCUUCGAUCAGCGAUUUGAGGCCGACCGGGCCAUUAAAGAGCUAAACGGCACCACUCCGAAGAAUUCCACCGAACCGAUAACCGUCAAGUUCGCCAACAAUCCUAGCAGCAACAAGAACAGCAUGCAGCCGCUGGCGGCCUACAUAGCGCCCCAGAACCCGCGGGGCGGACGAGCAUUUCCGGCCAACGCUGCUGCCGGAGCGGCCGCAGCCGCCGCAGCAGCUGCCAUUCAUCCCAAUGCGGGUCGUUACAGCUCUGUAAUCUCGCGCUACUCACCGCUGACCAGUGACCUGAUCACCAACGGCAUGAUCCAAGGCAAUACCAUCGCCAGCUCCGGCUGGUGCAUUUUCGUUUACAACCUGGCGCCCGAGACCGAGGAGAACGUGCUGUGGCAGCUUUUUGGACCUUUUGGAGCCGUGCAGUCAGUCAAGGUUAUUCGCGAUCUGCAGAGCAACAAGUGCAAGGGCUUCGGCUUCGUCACCAUGACGAACUACGAGGAGGCGGUUCUGGCCAUCCAGUCGCUGAACGGCUACACACUUGGCAACCGAGUGCUUCAGGUCAGCUUCAAGACCAACAAGAACAAGCAAACGUAAUUAUUAACCAAGUUGGCUGCUGUUGUCAAUGCCAACGCGGCGGCGGCAGCUCUGGCGGCCAAUGGUCUAGUCCUCCACAAUCACCACCAACACCACAGCAACAACAUCGGUAGCAUCAGCAACAACAAUAACAUUAGCAACAGCAACAACAGCAACGGCAAUGGCUGCAGCACAGCAGCAGCCCAUCAUCAACUUGGCAAAUACGUUAACCACCACAACAGCAGUAGCAGGCAGCACAACAACAUGGGCAGUAGCAUAAGCAAUACGAGCAAACAGAAGCCGGGAUCCUCGAGCAACAAGCAACAAUCAAUGGCGCCACCUAAGAGGACAGCAGGCGGCACUGCAGCAGCCGCUGGAGAUGUGGCCGCCACUGUCGCCAGCACCAACAGCAGCAGCAGCAGUCACUCAAUUUCCAGCGGCGAUGCCGGAGCCACUGCGUCCUCCUCGUCUUCGUCGUCGACGAGCAACAACAACAGCAGCAACAACCAGAACAUCCUGAAGACAUCCACGAAGUUCAUAUACAAUAAGCCCCAGAAUCAGUACGAGCUGCUGCAGCAGCAGCUUCAGUUGCAGCAGGAGUUCGCCCAGUUCUUGACCAAUGUGGCCAACAGCGCCGCAGCUCCUCCGGCCAGCAACAGCUCGGCCAAUGCGGCGGGCCAGCGGAAUGGCAUCGGCAUGUCGGCCAGUGCCUCCGGCGGCGGUUCGGGCAACAAAAACAGUAGCAACAGCAAUGGCUAUAUGCCCACCUGGUCCAAUUGGUUCUUUUAAAGUUUACUUUGGUUCGUCAUCAGCCCAUUUCAUGGAUUCUUUUUGUAAUUUUAGGCAACGAUUUCUAUGUUUUGGUUAAUUGCCCUAAGUUUGAAGAAGGCGCAUUAGCCUACUUGUUCAUUUUUCGAGUUUAGUUUUUCAAUGAAAUAUUAGUAGCCAUAUCCCGUUUUUUUCGCUCUAUACUUUGUAUUUAUCUUAGAUUAUAUCCAAUUUGAAGAACUUGCUUUACAUUUUUCGUUGAUGCACUUUUAAAACGUCUAGUCGACUCUCCCAAAGAGAAUAGCUUCCAAAACGAAAAUGAAAAUAGGAAACGGAAAUGAUAAAGCUGUAGUUAAGUUUUUGUUUGUGAUGGUAGGAGAAAGCAUACUCUCGGAUAUUUUUAAACAGAGAAUAAAAAUAAAAUUUGCAGGCAUAGAAGCCCCAAUCCACCAAAGAUUGAAAACAAACUUGACAAAUAUUUAAGCUAUAAAUAAAUGUAUAAAUUGAGGUACGAAAACAGAACUGAAUGCGUAAACAGAUAGAGUCGUUUGGCUUAUAGUCAAACCAUAGACAAUGCAGAACGAGAAGGAAAGCUAGAUGCAGAAAAAACCAAACAGAAAGCAAAACAAAUAAGACAUAAAUGUGUUUAUGUUUUAUAAUUAAAUGUAUAACUUUUGCUAAAAAUAAAUGAUGUAUGCAUAAUAUUACAAUAAA